UACAUAUACAAGUUAUACAUUACACAUACAAAGAUGACCCCCGUUAUUAACUGACGUUUAUGUGCUUUUCUCGUCUUUUCUGGUCUUUUGCCUCUUUUUACACCACCACGUCAACCCCCCCCUUCGAACUGCAGGUUAAGUCCGACCCAAGGACCCAUCCGUGUCGAUGUUCCCAUAAUCCUAUUAUUUAUUUUCGACGCUUCCGUCUUUUUUAGUCCCUCGUAUUUUCCCUUUUUGGUCUCGUUUUUUGCCUCGCGCCUGGGACGUUCCAGAAUCCAGAACCAGAAAUCCCGAAUUCUCCUCCCCUCUCCCAGCUCCUCCUCUGGAUCUCCGUCUCGUACCAUUCACCGUACCUUCUUCCCCCUUCUCUCUCUCUCUCUCUGUCCACCCGAUUCCCCCCCCCCUUUCUUCUUGGCUCGGCUCAGCUCGGUGAGGAUGAGAUCACCGGAAUUGGCUCCCCUUCGAUCUUAAUUACUUUUUGGCUCGUGCCCCUCGGACCCAAUCACCUGGCUGCACCGCCAUCUUGCCCGACUUGUCGACCUGCCCGAUUCUUCCGCUGCACCUUCGGAGUAGCCUUUUUCUCUAUUUUUCUUUUGCUCUUUGGCAUUUUUGGUUUUCCAGCUCCAUACCUUUCCUUUGCCUCGCGCCAGCAACAAAAGGAAUCCACCAAUUGUGAAUUGUUCGGCUUAGUGGCGGUCCGAUAGAGACGACCAGGACCGCGAUCUCUUCGAUCUUGCAUACUCACGGCUGGCUGGAUCUCUAAUUACAUUCGACUUUCAAAAAGUGCCAGACGUCGCAAGGAACCCAAACAGAAAAGCAUGUGUGGGCCUGAUCCGGCUCUGUACGAUUGACUCGGAUUUUCCAUGGGACACACGCGACGGCUUCUACACAGGGCUGUGUGUCACUCUUGCGGCAAACGUUUCAUCUUAUGAGGCGAAUCGCCGUCCCCGUAAGUUCUCUCUUCAGCCCUACUCGGUCUGGUCAUUUUACCCUGAUCACCCGCCUACUUCUCCUGCCCUAUAUGCAUGUCACUUAUCACCUAAUCCUAUCUACCACCAUCACUCCUCCACUUUCAUCUACUCCGCCUAGUCCUAGGCCUGGGUCACCCAAACGCUGUCCGCUCACUCGCGCUCUUUGCAACUCUUCCUUCGGUGCCCCCCGGUCUGACUCUCAACUAGCUGCUAGCCAUACUUCCAGCCGCAUGAACACUGAUCUUCCAGUCCUGGCGUCCUGGAUACGCACGUCGCCGUCGGCUCGCGCUUGCUGACCCCAUCUUGAGGCUGGUCCAUUCUCGUUUCUUCGUCUUCGGAUGCGCCGUGGUUAAACGCUCCCCAUACGGCUGGUUUCACGACGCUCGCAACUCAACUGGAUUGGGUCAUUGCUGCGACACCAUCUGAAUUCCAUCUGCUUAUCUUUUUUUUUUCUCCUCAACCAACUGGAACUCCAUUUUGCCACCAGAGGGUUUUUUGAUCCUUUUUAUCUUAUUUUGUCUUUUUCUUUUCUGUCCUAUUUCCUCGGUCAUCUCGUGAGGCUGUCAUCCGGCCGUUCUCCGCCAUCCCCGCCUGCUCGGCCGUGUCUCUCAGCCUCAGCCCGUUCAUGCUAGCUUCGCUUCAUUUCUCCCACUUCCAAUUGCCCCCGAUCAAAAGAGGAUGGACCCACGAAUGUCGUCGCCGAGCUUCUAUGAUUUCAAGGCCCAUCACGACCGCCAUUCCGAACGCGUCCAUAUCAUGACCAACUCGUCAUUCUCAUCGCACGGCCCACUACCCAUACCUUCUCGGCCCGUCAUGCACACGGCUCCGCCGCCUUUACCUCCACCGCCUCGGAUUCGCGAUCUCGAAAAUGGCUACGAUGCGGGUUGGUUGUAUGCCAAUUCGAGCCGCUCAACGACCAGUCUUCCCCCGAUCAACCCGAAUUCGAGUCUUUUCGGAGGCCAUCGACGACCGGAUUCUGCGCCGCGGAGUGAUCGUAUGGCAGUGGAUGAGUUAGAAGGGCGACAAAGUCGAUUGCCGCUUUCGCGCAGUCCGGAAGCACAGAUUAAAAUUGAGCCGCCACCUCCUACGGAUGAGGGAUUCCCUAAUUCUAUGUCCGUUAACGCGACUGGUCCUAUUUUGAAGGGCGAGCAGAACUUUUCGCUGCGCAGCGUCAAAGACUCGUCAAAUGCAUACGAUCAACAUGUACUUUCAAAGAUUGGAAAUUCGCUUUCGCAACGAAAUUCGAUCAGCCAAGGAUCGGAUCACCGAGGCUCUAUUUCCGCACUGACCGUCCCGUCGAUUCCGUCGCGCGCAUCCACCAAUCUUCCAUCCCCGGGGCCAUCAGAAGCAGGCUCGACUCUGGACGUGAAAUGGUAUAGCAGCCCUCAAUCGGGUGGUGUGUCACCCAGGACCAAAGUUGGAUGGAGGGAGUACAUCGAGGGACGCAGCCCGAGCGUGGAAAGCAAUGCGCCUUCUUCGGCACUGGAUUACGACUAUAUGCGGGAUACCGGGCGAAGACGAUAUCAAGGAAUGACGCCUUCCAGGGAAGAUAGUAUCAGUUUACCCAGCCGCUCCAACCGCGGAAGUUACGACCAAGGUGUUUUCUCCGACAUCGAUGGCGAGUUUUCUACCGACGAUCUGGCUCCACCACGACAAUUUAUCCUCCGGGAACCCACGCCGCCAUACCCCGAGGGUUCGAGGCAGGGCAUGAAGCGACGAGCAUCUUCACCACCACGGGAGCCGAUGGGCGAUGAUAGGCAUACCUUGCAUCUGGCGACGAGUAAUGGUGAUCUUUCGCAACGACGGACGAGUGGACAACCAUUUACGAACACGCUUUCAGUGAAUCCCAGCUAUGCUCCGAGCCACAGGACUCUUUCGGCGGCAUCAUCGCUCAGUAUUCGAACCUCUGGAUCAUACUCAUCUGCUCUUUCGAUUGGGGGUAGCAGCAUGACUAGCCUCUCGCCGUACGAUCGGCCAUCUCCGGGAGGCCUCUCGCCCAGCUCCGAUCUGGAUACGUUUCACGAAAAGUCGAUUUUGAACCCGAGCUCCCCUGUUUUGCUGAUGCAGUCACUUCCGAGGCCCGUGGGUGGUUCGAGUACUCUUGAGCCACCCGCUACCGAUGCCACAGGGAAAGUGUCUAUGCCUAUUAUUCUGGGUGUUCCCAAGGCGUCGGCCACAUCAAAGAUGGGCGGACUGUAUAUCUGUGAUUGUUGUCCGAAGAAACCCAAGAAGUUUGACAAUCCGGAUGAUCUCCGCUCUCACGAAAUGGAAAAGCAAUACUCCUGCCAAUACUGCAACAAUCGCUUCAAGAACAAAAACGAAGCAGAGCGUCACCAAAACUCCCUACAUCUCCGCCGCCACUCCUGGUCCUGUGCCGCUCUCACAAGCUUUCAAGCCGCCUUCCACGGCUCAGCCUCUCCAUCCUACCAAACCAACGCGGGCCCUUCGUACGACUCAUGCGGGUACUGUGGCGAAGAAUUUCCCAACUUCCCACGCCCCGACUGGGAUCGCCGAUUCGAGCACCUGACGACCGUGCACAAAUUCGGCGAGUGCAACAACGCGAAGAAGUUCUUCCGCGCGGACCAUUUCCGCCAGCAUCUGAAGCAUAGCCAUGCAGGCAGUAGCGGCAAGUGGACCAAUAUUCUUGAGAAUGCGUGCAUGAAGGAGGAACAGCCGCCCGAACCAAGGGAUAAGUCUGGAAGCGUGUCUGGGCCGCAACGCUCGGGAUCUUUGACCUCAAAUACCAUUGAUGAGGUUCUUAGUGAGCAGUGACAUUUGCUUGGGCGCGCUGCGCCCGGUCUGUGGUUUGGCCUUUUCUGCAUUGCUGUCUUACAGCUUUGCUUCUCCUCUUGCCUGAUCUCGAAAGAGCGGUGGGUCACAUUCAAUCUUCACUAUAUACACUGCGUCGGUGUCCGUUUUCCCAUAUCCAUCUUCCAGAGAUGACGGGAUCUCACUAAACCAAAAGUCAAAAGCACAACCAAAAUAUACAAAAUCCAAGCUUCUCAAAAGUGACCUUCAUGAAAGGCGCACUCGGGCAUUGGAUAUAAUGACAUGACACGAUCUCCACUUACCUCCCUUCUACCACCAGUGCUCAUUCAGUUCUUGUUAUUCUUUUACCGUCAUUUUGUUUUACCGUUCGAAGGAAAGCAGGGCAGGGCAGAACGAGGAGUUUUCGUGUAUCCCUCGGUCUUGGGGUUUGGGUUACAGAUUCCGUGUAUACCUGGUGCAUCAUUACCUGGGUGGAUUGAAUCUUUGUUAUGUCUCCAUGAUUCGGAGUAUUUUUUCUUCCUUUCUUUUCAUUUUGUCAUGAUCGGUGGAGUCGGUGCAUGGUUGGGGGGUCUGGACUUUUUAUGGUUUUGGGCUUUUCAAAAGAACGCCCUUUUUUUCCCUGCUCAUAUAGGUAUAUACUCCCCCUUGUAUAUAGGAACUGAAAUUAGACCGCAGUCGGUGGCUUCUUUUUACAUUUUGUCUGGACUGUUGUUUUCG